AUGUUGUCCAUUUUUCAUCCAGAGACCAACAUGGGUCGUGUUGGAUUUUGGCACAAAAUCAACACGGGCCGUGUUCAUAAGAAAUCCAACAUGACACAUACAGAGAGCAACACAGGCCGUGUUGAGUUUUGCCUUAUGCUCAUCAUGGGUCGUGUUCGUGCUUCAGUCAGCUUAAAAAACCCCAACACGGGGCGUGUCAAAUUGGCCUGUGGGAACACGGGUAAACCUUCUAAAAGGCUUAGACGCACCAAAUCAUCCGCCCGUCGUACUAGGCCUAGGUCCCCAUCGCCUCCACCUAAAACCCCAUCGCCUCCAUCUAGGUCCCCAUCACCACUACCCAACCCGGAUCAUGGUGGUGUCGUGUGUCUUGGCCAAUCCAAGAGGGCAAAUUUGAGUCAUUCCUUCAACGGGUUGCACCCAUACAUCUCUAGCGCUGCUGAAGCCUCAUCACUUAUCCAUCCCAUGAUGAAGGUGGCCCAUAGAAUCAUUGCUUCACUCGUCGACCCUAGAGAGGAGCAACGCACCAUUAGCCCGCUGGAGCUCAAAAUCCUCUAUGCAAUGGCUCAUCCCGAGGAUAACCUCGUUCCUCAUUAUGGUCAAUUUAUGUGCCACAAAAUCAUCCAACUGAGCACAUCCCGAGCGGGAAAGAUUUGUUGCGGGGUUAUUGUCAGGAUGCUCUAUAAGAGCGCCCAAGUCCGAGCCCCAUACCCGGUCCCCACCAUCCACUGUCAGACCAUGGGUCAAAAUCAUGAUCCAAAGCUCCUCAUCACACCAGAUUUCCGAAACCCCAUUCACAUGACCGAUUGGCAAAUCAUUCCAUACAUCUUCCCCCACUUAUACUCCACCAAGGUAGAUGAGCAAAGUGAAGAAAAUGAGGAAGAUGGUGAUGAUGAUGAUGAAGAGGAGGAGGAGCCCCACCAUGCUUGUCCCACCAGUGGUGCCAGCUCAUCCCACUAUGUUGCACCCCCGUCUUAUCAUCAGCAGUAUAUGGAUGAAUUCCAAUCAAUCUAUACUCGCCUCGACACCUACUAA